GUCAGUGACCUCCGUCAGUACGUACGCAGAAACUACAGCAGGACACUCAGUGUCAUUGAACACAGGAUGGGUUUCCUGCUCUCUAAAUCCAUGGAGCAGAACUUCCAGAAACAGCAGGAGUUCAUGCUUCUCAACGCUCGACUGCAGUUGGAGCGUCAAUUACAGAUGCAGAAUCAGAUGCGCGAGCGUCAGAUGGCGAUGCAGGUGGCGUGGUCCAGAGAAUUUCUCAAGUACUUCGGAUCUUUCUUCAGUUUGACCACACUGGCUCUCACUGUCGGAGCCGUUAAAAAGAGGAAACCCGGUUUACUGGCUCCUGUCGUUCCUCUUAGUUUCAUUCUGGCGUAUCAGAUGGACGCGGCGUACGGCACUCUGACUCACCGCAUGAGAGAGGAGGCAGAGAACAUCAUGGCGUCUGAGAGCGAGCGUUUAGAUCUUCCUCACGGAAUGCCGACGUUUGAGAGUAUCGAGAAAUCUCGCCGAGUCAAAUCUCAUCUGACGUCUUUACUGGAGAAAUGAGUCCAAUGACCGCCCUGCUGACAUCAUCAUAACGGCCGACGUCACGCCAUCAAUCCCAGAACAAUCUGACCAAUCAGAAGAGGGCUUGUGGUUCUCUGCCAUUUCAUUGGCUGUUUGGCAUCAUGUGACACUCGGGUGUUUAUUUGACUUAUUUAAACUUCAUCCGUGUUGUCUUUGUAGAAAAAUAGCAUUUUUAGAUAAUUUGAUAAUGAUGUCACAAUCAUUUAUAAUGAUGUCAUUUAAUUGUUUCAUUUGCUCUGGAGUUUGAUCCUGAACAAUAAAUCUGAACGUGUUUGUGUUCAUUAAAAGGUUGUUUUGAUGGUUUUCAUAUGGAUGAAUUUUGUGAUUCUGUGCGUCAUCUGAUUAAUUGCACCAUUUGAUCAAAGCUCCUUGAUUUAGGAAAAAUGUCACUGUUUUUAAGUUUUAGAUUCCCGAUCAAAUAAAACACGUUUGAAUAAAUUGAAUUAUGCGA